CUCACAUCAGUGGUGCCAACAUAUCUACUCGUGGCCGAAAUUCAGCAGCUCUUUGCAAUUGACGGAACCAUCUUCCUUUUGAAUAAACUUCGUUCACCGACGACGUGUUUGUGGAUAAUUGAAGGUGCAAAAUGACUACAGCCACUAUCAGAACCCGCAAAUUCAUGACCAACCGGUUGUUGUGCCGUAAACAAAUGGUCUGCGAUGUCCUGCACCCCGGCUUGUCCUCUGUAAACAAGAAGGAAAUCCGCGAGAAACUUGCAGCCAUGUACAAAGUCACCCCCGAUGUUGUGUUCGUGUUCGGUUUCCGCACAAACUUUGGUGGCGGCCGAUCGACCGGGUUCGCUCUGGUCUACGACACAUUGGACUACGCCAAGAAGUUUGAACCAAAACAUCGUCUAGCCCGCCACGGUCUCUAUGAGAAGAAACAACAGACACGCAAGCAACGUAAGGAACGUCGCAACAGGAUGAAGAAGGUCCGCGGUACAAAGAAGGCCAAGGUCGGACAGGCCGCAAAGAAAUAAGCACUUUCCAUUUUUUAAGGGUACAUGUUUUAUAUUUUCACUCGUCGAUGCGACUUUUAUUUGUGCAGGCAUGGAUUUGUGAAUAAAAGAAGUUGAUGAAAGUGGAAAUCA